CUGAACGUUCGUUUUCGAACUGGUAGCCACUGGUGGGCAACUCGAAGGCGCGAAGAGUUCGAUUGUGUACAAGUUCGACGAAGACGACCAAAAAAGAAUAAAAACUUGUAUUAUUCUGCACUUUAAUUGCAAAACAAUAUAGCUUCCUUCUUACAGUACUGGUGUUUUGGAAUUAAAGUCUAAGAAAGUACAUAGUUUUUAUCGGUUCUUGGCGUCUUCGUAGCAAUAGGAGCUGAGGCUUAAGUUCCUUGACAGUUUCUAUUCAUCUGUUUGUUUUCUAAAGCGCCUUCUGGAACUCUCCCGGGUGUACUCACUGGGUCUGCAGCCAGCAUCUCUCUGGACACGGAUUAUCAACGCAAUUUGGAUCCUUUGGUGACGUUGGAUAAUGCCUGGGUCAGGGAAGGGACGUGGCACCAUGGAAGCAGACGAAAAAGUAACAUGAGCUCUAACAGUUCUCCGUCAAGCAUCACUAAUACACUAAAUGACAGCAGACCACCAGCUAAUGUCGAACCAUACCGCCGGAAGAAUUCUAGACUACCGCUAGUCAAUUUUGACUUAAGACGAUAUAAGUCAACAUUCUAUCGGCGUCUAAAAAAGUACAAUCUGGAUUGGAAGAAGCGUGUAGAAGAAUCAUAUGCGAAAAUUCUUGAAAGUGAACCACAACCUGAAACAAUGGCAGGAAACAUGGUUACUCCCCAACAAAUUAUCGUUCCAGUUGAUGUUCCUUGUAAUAGCAUGGCACCUCCACCGUCAUUUGAUGAAUAUUUACCGAAUGAACAACUGUCUGCAACAGAGGAAGCUGACCAAACCGAGUGCACUCCAGUGGAUUCUGUUCGCAACGUCGUCUACAGAUGCAAGCUGAAUAUGACUACUACUCGUAUUUUGCUGGAAGAAUUAAGGCCCCAUCUUCGUGAACUGCCGACUGACCCUCGGACAUUGAUGAGGACUAAAGACUUUUUUGAAAGGAGAGCAGUUGGUCCUGGAAUAUAUGUUCACAUUGGUCUUCGUCGUCAGAUUUUAUCUCGGUUACAAAUUGUCAAAUGUGAAGUCUCUGUGCCAAUUGCUCUUCAGCUGAACAUUGAUGGUGCCCCAAUUUUCAACAACUCCAAAUUACAGAUGUGGCCAAUACAAGGGAAGUUACUUUUGUCGGGCUGUGACAAGGUAUUCUUGGUAGGAGUCUACUGUGGUUCGUGUAAACCUUUAAGUAUACACAGUUUUUUGAGGGACACUAUCAUCGAAUUAGAAAACAUUUGUGCCAAUGGUGUCACAUUACCCAACAAUCAUCGCAUAGACAUUGUACUUAAGGCCGUCAUCUGUGACACACCAGCAAGAGCACUAGUUAAGCAAAUAAGUGGUCACAAUUCAACACAAGGAUGCGAUAAAUGUGAGGCUUUAUGCCGUCGUGCUAAUCAUCGCAUGGUUUUUCCUACUACAUGUGCUGCUUUAAGAACAGACAUGUCUUUUCGCAACCAAACUUUGCCAUGUCACCAUAAGGGUAAAUCUCCUUUCGAGAGAUUGCAUGUAGACAUGAUCACUGUUUUCCCCAUAGAUAGCAUGCAUCUCAUAUACUUAGGUGUAGUUCGAAAGUUGAUUGGCCUGUGGAAAUCGAUGGCCACAUCUAGGGCAGAUGGCAUGCAUACUACGAUAUUGAACACUGUUAACUGCAGACUACUCGGCUCACACAAGUUGACUCCUUUUGAAUUCCAGCGUAAGUGUCGAACAUUAGACGACGUUGACCAUUGGAAAGCAACGGAGUGUAGGCUUUUUCUUUUAUAUUUAGGAGUGGUAUACCUUAAAGACGUAUUACCACCUUGCUUUUAUGAGAACUUCUUCGAUUUAUUCUUGUCAUGUUACAUCUUAAGUCACCCGGCUUAUUCUUCCUAUUACCUAGAUGACGUGAAGGGUUUAUUAUUGAAAUUCGUUGGGAACUUUAGGUCAUUAUUUGGGGAGGAAAACAUGGUAUACAAUAUCCAUGGAUUACUUCAUAUUUGUGAGGACGUGAAACAGCACGGACCACUGGACACUUUCUCAUGUUUCCCAUUUGAAUCCAACAUGCGUUUUCUCCAGACUCUAGUCAAAGGUCCCAAUAACCCAGCAGUUCAGAUAGGUAAACGCAUGGUUAGUCGAAGCUGAUUCUGCAAAAUCAGAGAUAACUCCUAAUGUAUCUGUAAAUGUGUCUAAGCAGACUGCUACGUUUUCCAACUUUAGAAUAAGCUCAUAUCCUCCUGACAAUUGCUUUGUGGUAGGCAAUACACCAGGAGUGGUUUCAGAAAUUGUAUGCGGAAAUCAGUUUCGAUUCCGAGCUUAUAAGAAUCCAAAGAGCUUUUUUAAAAACCCACUAGAUUCGAGGGAUAUUGGGAUAUAUCAGGUAGAUAACUUUGAGGGUGACACAAGUUUACGGGCUUUCAGUGAAAUUCGGGCGAAGUGCAUUGGCUUAAGUCUUUUGCAUAACUCCGUUAUAAUUUCCAUAUUGCACACCUCUAAAUUGUCGUGACUUAAAGAGUACUACAGUUUACAGUGAGCCACAGUUGACCGAUAUCAAGGAUACAAACAAAUUGUAUUAACUUAUGCAAACUGUGUUCACUAUCGUUAUUCCAUUCUCCUCCAUUGUAUACAUACAUAUAUCUUGUUUCAGUGAAAACUUUUAAACAUGCAUACUCCAUGUGUACAUUGUUUUCAGACUGAUAAUGCCUGUCAACUGCCAUGUGCAUUAAAAGACAGUAUAUUAUCAUAAGAUUCUUUUUAUUGUUAUAUUAGGGAAUUGACUUCAAGCUUUAUUUAUUUUCCCAAGUAUCCGUAAUCCCUCCAACGAAUGCUUGGGUUUUUUUUGUUAAUGCGAAGUCAAUAUCCCUAUAUCUCCUGAUGUGGUCUAUUGAAUCAGUAGUUAUCAUAUUUUUACCACAAACUAAAGAAAAAAUGACAGCAGCCGUAAAUCAUGUAAUUUAAACAAUUGGUGUUUCCUACAUAGCUAGGAAAAAAUGUGUACCUUAUUAUAUAUACU